AUGUGGAAGCCUCCGAUAGACUUUCUUACCUUGCAUUAUGCCUGGAUCAUCACACUGAGUAUUCUGAGCUUAGUGAUUAUCUAUCCAUAUGGAAAUCUCCGGGCGAUUGAUGCCUACUUUUUCGGCGCCAGUGCAUCGACCGAGUCGGGCUUGAAUACGGUCGAUGUCAAGGCUUUGAAGACCUAUCAGCAGGUGUAUAUCUAUCUCGUUCCAAUUCUGGGGAAUUUGGGCUUCAUCAAUAUCAUCGUGGUCGUUGUGCGCUUGCGCUGGUUUGAGAAACGAUUGAAGGCUCGCCACAUCUUCUACGACCACAACCGUCUAUCGCUCAAGAUGCCGAGGCUCAGCUUCAAGAUGAGGUCGGCCCGGAAGGUUGUACCCGACGCCGGUGCACUGAGGAAACAGGAUGAGCGUGAAUCCCCUGAGAACACUCCGGAUGGACUCGACGAGAUUUUGGAGAUUUCUCCUAGUUCCGACAGGGUGACAGACUCAGAGGUCGACAUCGACCCCAAGAGUCCCGUUCCGGACCUGCCUCCCAUCCGUCAAACAAUCCAAUUCGCCGAUGAGGGGCAAUCACGGAAUGAGAAAGCCCUUUACAUCCCCCCGCCGUGGAGGCGUGAUAGAGGUGGUAGCUUUGUCGAAGUCGAGGAAGACUAUGCCGAUGAUGAGACUGCUGAAGGAAAAUCGAUCAUGUCAACCUACACCGACCAAGGACGUAUCGACGGGCUCCGUCGUCGCCAAACCGCCACGAGCAUCUAUUCCACAACUACCCGGCCGCUCGAGCAAGCUGCUUCGAUGAUGUUUCGAGUCGGAGGGUCCGCAAGUUCGACUCGAGCUCCCAAUCCCAAACGAGAAUUCAAGAACCUGGACCUACCCAAUAUCUCCUCCCAGGCGACGCAGAGCCGAAACUCUCAGUUCCACAACUUGACAGCCGAGGAUCGUCAGAAACUGGGUGGUAUCGAGUACCGUAGUUUAAAACUGUUGCUGAAGAUUGUCAUCGGCUACUUCGUCGGGCUGCAUCUUUUCGGAGCCAUUUGUCUGGUCGGAUGGGUUUUGCACUGUGACCCGAGAUAUCGUGAAUACCUCGCUGAGUGCGGCCAAGGAGAUGUCUGGUGGGGCUUCUACUCCUCCCAAACAAUGAUCUCCAAUCUCGGCUUCACUCUAACUCCUGACUCAAUGGUCCACUUCCAGGACGCAACAUUCCCAUUGAUUGUCAUGAGCUUUCUCGCCUUCGCCGGAAACACUUGCUACCCAUGCCUCCUUCGCCUGAUCAUCUGGAUCAUGUACAAACUGUGUCCUCAGAACUCGUCGAUGAAAGAAACCCUCUCUUUCCUCCUCGACCACCCCCGUCGCUGCUUCACGCUCCUCUUCCCAAGCAAACCAACCUGGAUUCUCUUCGGUAUCCUGUUCAUCAUGAACGCCGUGGACGUGAUCUUCAUCAUUGUUCUUGACCUCCACAAUCCGGCCGUCGAUAACCUCCCCGCUGGUCCACGGACGCUCGCUGCGAUCUUCCAAGCCGCCUCGACUCGCCAUACGGGGACUGCCAUUUUCAAUCUGGCGAAUGUCAAUCCCGCGGUACAGUUCAGUUUGGUGGUGAUGAUGUACAUUGCCGUCUUCCCUAUUGCGAUCAGUGUCAGAGCAAGCAACGUUUACGAGGAGAGGACCUUAGGUGUUUAUGCUGCGGAAACCACUGCUGAUGAGCAGAACGGGAAGUCAUAUAUAAUCACGCACAUUCAGAACCAGUUGAGUUUUGAUUUGUGGUAUAUCUUCCUCGGGUGCUUUUGCAUUUGCAUUGCUGAGUCUGGAAAGAUCGCGGAUAACAAUGAUCCGGCAUUCUCGGUCUUCUCGGUCUUGUUCGAGGUUGUUUCAGCAUAUGCGAAUGUCGGUCUUAGUCUAGGCUAUCCAACCAACAAUGCUUCCCUCUCUGGGGAGUUCUCCAUAUUCAGCAAACUCGUCAUUUGUUUCAUGAUGAUUCGAGGCCGGCAUCGUGGAUUGCCGUAUAGCAUCGAUCGGGCCAUUGUUCUCCCGGGAGAGAACUUUGUCGAUCGUGGAGAGGACGGCGUGUCACAGAGAAGGGAAUUGACACAAUAA